UUUCCGUAUUCAUAUUUUCUUUGCAGAAUAGAGAACUUAAGACGCAAAAUUAUUUUGGGGAAUAGUGUUGGCAGGGAAACUAAAUUGGAUAAUUAAGAAAAUUGCAAAGCCAGAGAUUUCAAUAUAAAAUACAAAAUAAGCAUUUGACAUUGAAAAAUUAUUAAGCUGUUGUAACUUGCUGAAGAGAUGACUAUUCUGACGAAGCCAUCGAAUGAAAAGAAGGCAGAGAAGGUUCCGCUACCAUUGGCUUUGGGCGGACAUGAUGAUGCAUCGUCAUUCCGUGGAGGUGUAGCACAUACAACCCUUUUGAGCACGGCUCCAUAUCACGGUGACGCGGAUGCUGAAUCUAUGGUUUUCAAUCGCCCGCCCGGAUCGUGCUUCAAAACACUGCUAUUAUUUCUUAUUGCGGUGGUAGUCAUGAUGAUGGGCCUACUUGGUGGCUACACCUUAUAUCGCGCAUACGCACCAACUGCUUCGAAUUUGCACUAUCGUGCUCUUUGUGACAUUCCAUACAUGCAAACUGGCAAUAUAAGUGUUCCACGCCUGUACGAACAAAACGAUGAACUAGACUGGCGUAAUUUGUUUUCGCGUCUCACAAAUUUUAACGGUUAUAAUGCUUUGGAUGAUGAUUACUUCCGCGAGGAAAUCGAGUUAGACAUGAGCGAUAAUGAGAGUUAUGCUAAGAUUGAUGUACCAGAUUUCAAGGAUGGGCGUCGUGGACGUUUUAUGCAUGACUUCAAGGAGAAUCAAUCUGCGAUAAUUGAUACCACGGCAAAUCGCUGUUUCAUUAUGCCACUGGAUCGUGACACCACCUUACCGCCAAAAAGUUUUCUCGAUUUGAUGCAAAAGAUGGGGUCGGGCUACUACAACAUCGACACUGAUCGCGUUCGUCGCAAGAUGCGUGUAGUUAUGCCGCCUAUUAAUGAUCUCUCCAUGAUAUCUGAGCGAAUUGCCAAUGAGUGCUAUGAAAUGAAAGUUUACAUGCUUGAGAAUUACGUCUCGGGAGUAUUCAAACGCGAAGCUAAACCUGUCGGAGAUUCGGGUAAAUUUGCUGAAUUCAUGGGUAAAGGAGUUGUCGAAUUCGAUUUGAUAAAUAUCGGCGACAUCGAGCAGUUCGAAAAAAAGUAGCAGUGAAAAAUUUUACUGUUGUUAAAUAUUCAAAAUUUAUAUUAAACUAUUUUAUUCAAUAUUUUCGGUGCUUGCGGGCAUUUUUGUAGCGUGUAGUUUGUAUGAUUGUAAAACUUGAUGUUGCUGAAUUUCUAAUUUUAACCAAAUUGAAUCAUAUCGAAGGCUAUUUUUGAAACUUUUCUUAAUUGGAGUCUUAAUUUCUAUCUUUGUGAAUCGAAUAUUAAUGCCAGGUAAUCCGGGAGUUAUAUUUUUAUUACAUAUAUUAGUAUAAUUAGCACAAUUUUUUAAUUGUUUUAGAUGAAAUUCCGAUUUAUUGAAAAUAUUUUCAGCUGUUAUAAAUUUUACUUUUUUGCGUUUAUAAUAUUCAUAUACACUUUUUAAUAAAUUUAAAAUAACAAUCAAAAAAGCAUCAAGUUGAACAAUCAGCUAUGGUUAACAACAUAUUAAAAUAGAAGAAGUAAAUAUGAAUGAAAACAAAAGUGGGGGUGCAUAUGUUGUGGAACCGGAAAUAAUAAUUAUUGUGCAUAAGAAACAUUUAUGUACCUAAACGAAAGUGAAUUGUGACAAAUAUUAAAAUCGUGUUAUAUGAUACUUAUGUAUGUAUAUCGUAACAUAUGUCAAAGAAAACACAGUGCGACAGUACCACCACCAACGUGAAACAACUGUAUUGCUUUCAAGAAAAUAGAGAGAGUCUUACUGGUUACAUAUAGCUAUCAUGCGAUAUUCAACUCACGAACCAAAUAAUCCAGAACUACACUGUCGCACUGUUUAUUCGCUAUAAUUACAAAUUUACAAACUAUGUGUUUGCGUUAAUACAUAGUGAAUGUAUUCCACUACAAAUUACUAUUUAAUAUAUGCAUAUUUUUAGCUAAUCAUUUUUAUUAGAAUAUGCUACUUCAGUUGAUUUGCAGGAAAAAAUUUCGUAAGUAUUAUAUUAAACCCCGAUUGUGAUGUGCAAGUUCCAUUUUAUGUUCUCUUUUCCAUGUAUCUAUAUAAUUUAUGACUGCUGUCACGUCUAUAAAUACGAUUAGCAAUAUUUUAAAAUCAUUUAUAUGCAGUGUAAGACUAAAAAAGUUCUCUCAAACAAUAAUUAAAUUUUGAAGGGGAUUUGUUAAUUAAAAUCCAGCGCAAAUGUGUAAGAAAUUUUAUUAAACUUCGAAAAUAUCAACACGAAUGGGUUUUACGAUUGAUUUUGAAUAAAACAGCUAUCGCAUAUAAAGGAAUUGUAUGAAAACCAACUUUUCAAUGUUAAAAAUAAUGUUAAUAAAGAAUGAUCCUUCUCAGUCUUAA